GACCGGAAGACACACGCUUACGUAAAACGGCCACGCCAACUGUGGCAGGGCUCGUAGUGUCGACCAUUGAUGACGUUUAGACAAUAAGUCAAGCGUCUAAACUCCGCACGAGGGUAGGACUGGCUCAACAACAAAAUGGGCAAGCCAAAGGCAAAAAAGAAGUAUGCUGCGAUGAAAAAGAUGAUUAGCUUGAAAGACCAGAGAAUAAAACAACAAGAUCGCGCCAAAGCAAAAGAGAGAAAAAAAAGAGACCCAUCAGCGAUAAAGGAAAAGGAAGUGACAAAGUACCCAUCAUGUCUCUUCUUCCAAUACAACACACAGCUGGGUCCCCCCUACCACAUCCUCGUCGACACAAAUUUCAUUAACUUCUCAAUCAAGGCCAAACUGGACAUAGUGCAGUCUAUGAUGGACUGUCUGUAUGCGAAAUGUAUCCCCUGUAUCACAGACUGUGUAAUGGCUGAGAUAGAAAAACUGGGGAUGAAAUUUCGAGUCGCUUUAAGGAUAGCCAAGGAUCCUCGAUUUGAGCGCCUGCCUUGCACACACAAGGGAACAUAUGCUGAUGACUGUUUAGUCCAAAGGGUCACACAGCACAAGUGCUACAUUGUGGCCACGGUGGACAGAGAUCUGAAGAGAAGGAUCCGGAAAAUUCCAGGGGUGCCAAUCAUGUACAUCUCCAACCACAGGUAUAAUAUUGAAAGAAUGCCAGAUGACUACGGUGCUCCAAGAUUCUAAAUGUAUUUGAAUGGAAUUAAUGGACGUGGAAUUAAUGGAAAGAUUGCCUUUUUGCUCAUUCCUGUGAAAGAACAGUGGAUAUUUAAAAUUCAGCUUCUAUCUUUUUGGACCACGGAAGGGGGGACAUUGUUUCAACCCUGUUAGCUUUUCAUGCUUUAAGCCUUAGUAGGUAAUCAAGAUGAGCCAGCAGUUUUUUGUUUUGGCUGUGUUUAGGGGGAAAAAAAUAAAAUUAAAAUCACUCUUUUUCCCUGAUAUUAAUGCAAUGCAAUAAAUUGUGAUUGAUUGAAUAAGA